GGAGCGGGGUUUGCCCGUUGUGCUACACGAUGUGGGCGGGGCCUGCUGUGAUGGGGCGGGGCGCUGGUGGAAGUGAGUUUUGGGCUGAUUCUACCUUGUCCUGAAUACACAGGAGCAGCCGUCAGGAUGCAGCCUCCUCCCAGGAAAAACAAGCAGCAGCAAGACCCCGAACUCCUAGAAGACAUCAGGUCCUUCAAAGAUUGGAAGACAGACAGAAGACUGCCUCUGAGGAGCAGGUCCUCAGUGUUGUCCAGAAGAUGGAAGAAGUAAAAGAAAGCGUGCGAAAAGCUGAGGGCCAUGAUAUGUGAUAAAAAAGGCUUUUUGCCGGGCCUCGCUGUCUUUGUCGCGCUCCUCUUAGCAGGCCAAGCGGUGUCCGUCUACUUCAUCACUCAGCAGCAGAGCAAGAUCAGCGAUCUGGACACUGCGAUGAAGCAGAUGAAGCUGGAAGCCAUGAUAAAGAAACUUCCCGGAUCACCCCCUUCCCAAAUCCGACCACAAAUGAGAAUGGCAAAUUUCAACAUUCCUCUGGCUUUUGGUGAUAACGACGGAAGCCAACAGAAACUGGCGGAGAAGGCAAAGGCCAGCAACAGUAUUGAAGAUGCCGCUCGAUACAUGCUCCAGAUGAGCAACCCCCUGAGGAAAUAUCCAUCAUUCAAUGACACCGUCCUAGACAACCUCAGGAAGCUGAGGAAGACUCUGAGCUAUCAGGAAUGGAUGCUCUUCGACAACUGGAUGCAGCAGUGGUAUCUGUUUUACUUAGUCCAGAAUUCCAAAAUGCCAGAGGAAACUCUAACUCCGCAGGAAAAAACUGUCCCAGGAACCACUGUACUGCAGGAAAGAGACCUUCUACCUGUUGAGUUUGGAGCAAGUGGUAACAUGGUUUAUGCCUCUACCAGUUACUCAACCGACUCAAUGCCCAGUUAUCUCGAUGAAACCCCAAGUGGUGCCCCGUUGAUCACUCAAUGCCAAAUGAAAGCCCAAGCACAUGUUAUGCCUGGUGCGUAUAAGCCUCAAUGCGAUGAGAACGGCGACUUCCAACCCAUACAGUGCUGGAGGAGCACAGGAUACUGUUGGUGUGUCUACAGGAAUGGAACGGAGGUCCCAGAGACCAGGACCCGCGCUAAGCUUGACUGCAGCGAUAUAAGCGGAGUGGAUAUGUUUUUGAAAAUGGAAGACUAGUUAUUCAAUUAUGGUGAAACAACUAGUAUGAAGAACAAUACUUGGUGAUUUUGCAAAGCAACCAUAUCCAUAGCAAAGGCAGCCGGGUCUCAGCUUCAAGCACAAGCUUCGUAACAGUCUCUCUGUUUUUUACUUUUUUUUUUUUCUUCCGGAUAAUAAAACCUGUUGUGUUA